AUGAAGCAGAUUUUACAGCGGAAAAACGGAAAAACCAAACAAACUAGCAGAGCUCAACUGUUAGCAAACAAAAAGGCAUUACGAACACAUGGUUUUUCAAGUGAAAAUCUCGCUCAUUUCAGUUUAUCUGCAGACGAUGAUACGUGCUGCACGAUACUCGGAUUUAUUUUCGCCAUAUCAUUUGAAAAACAUUAUCGAUUGAGGAAUGUUAUGUAG